CAGAGGUCAGAUCUAGCGUUCAUCAUGGCGUCAGGCAGCGCGAGGCGAGAGGAGAAGAGUCUGAGGGAAUGUGAGAUAUACGUGCAGAAACACAACAUCCAGCAGCUGCUGAAGGACUGCAUCGUCCAGCUGUGCACCUCACGGCCCGACAGACCCAUGGCCUUCCUCAGAGAACACUUCGAAAGGCUGGAAAAGGAGGAAGCGAAGCAGCUUCUGAACCAGCAGAAGGCCAGCUCUCGCUCCGACUCUCGUGAAGAUGAGGCGUCUCCUCCCAUGAACCCUGUGGUGAAGGGUCGCAGGCGGAGAGGAGCCAUCAGCGCAGAGGUCUACACCGAGGAGGACGCCGCCUCUUACGUCAGGAAGGUCAUCCCUAAAGACUACAAAACCAUGGCUGCUCUUGCCAAAGCCAUCGAAAAGAACGUGCUCUUCUCACAUCUGGAUGACAAUGAAAGAAGUGACAUAUUUGACGCAAUGUUUCCAGUCACCUACAUUGCAGGAGAGACCGUCAUCCAACAAGGUGACGAGGGCGAUAACUUCUAUGUCAUUGACCAGGGUGAAAUGGAUGUGUAUGUGAACAGUGAGUGGGUCACCAGCAUCGGCGAGGGCGGCAGCUUUGGAGAGCUGGCUCUGAUCUACGGCACCCCGAGAGCCGCCACCGUCAGAGCCAAGACCAACGUGAAGCUCUGGGGCAUCGACAGAGACAGCUACAGGAGGAUACUGAUGGGAAGCACUCUGAGGAAGAGGAAGAUGUAUGAGGAGUUCUUGAGCAAAGUAUCGAUAUUAGAGUCUCUGGAUAAGUGGGAACGUCUGACUGUGGCUGAUGCUCUAGAGCCGGUGCAGUUUGAGGACAGCCAGAAGAUUGUGGUUCAGGGAGAACCAGGGGACGAGUUCUUCAUCAUCCUGGAGGGAUGUGCAGCCGUUCUGCAGCGUAGGUCAGAAAAUGAGGAGUUUGUAGAGGUCGGCAGGUUAGGACCGUCAGACUACUUCGGCGAGAUCGCUUUGCUGAUGAACCGACCCCGUGCGGCAACCGUGGUGGCCCGCGGGCCGCUCAAAUGCGUCAAGCUGGACAGGCCGCGCUUCGAGCGUGUGCUGGGACCGUGUUCGGACAUCCUCAAACGCAACAUCCAGCAGUACAACAGCUUCGUGUCGCUCUCCGUCUGAGAAUCCCCGCCCCCAAAAAACCUCAACCGCAGGGUCCAUCACACCGUCAGCUUUUCAUCUACACCUCGUAAUCCCAAGCGUUCACAGGCUCGUUAUCGUCACGCGCUUCGUCAAGUGCUUCCCGCGAGAGCUUUAACAGCCGCUUUCAUCGUCGGACAUUUAGAGCCAAAUGAAAGGACAGACAAUCAAAACGUACGUUCCUCCAAUCAAAUCGCAUCCAGUGUUUUUACCUUUAAUUCCAAGCAGUAAACAAAAACAGUAGAGGAGUAUAAAUAUAUUUAUAGUAGAGUUAUUCUAAAACCGUUCUGAUUUCUUUUACCCUCACAGUGCAGGUUAGUUUUUUAAGACUAGUUUUAUAAGAUUAACUGCCUACAUAUAUAACAAGAGUAAGAUGUUUGGCUGUACUGAUUAUAUUCUUCAAGCCUUACCGCCUCAUUUCCCCUUCGAUAUCACGGUUACACAUGAACUUAUAGGAAUUGUAUGCUGUUUUAUUUCUUAUUAUCAUUCCAGCACACGCUCUUGCUAUUUGUGUUCAGUUGCUUAUUGUAGUAAAUUAGUGAGGCCGUUCCUGUGCGGUGUCAGGUUUUAUUGUGGCUGAUCAAAUUUUUAAAAGUGAUUUUUAACUACAGGAAAACUCAAAACGAUGGCAGUUUGUUCUGUUACAAUGCCAGUGCCAAACGUUGGACAGAGCCUCACUUCUUGACUUCUUGACUUGACAAGAGAUUUAAUUUGUAUGUUCCUGCAUGUGCGCCGUCACCGAUUGAGAACAGCUUUCGGUCAGGAUGAUUCAGUAUUUAACUUUUUGUCAGUAUAUGCUGAGAAAUACCAGUUUUAUUUUUUAAUAAGCUUAUUUUUCCACAGUGGCGUAUUUAGUCGCAUGUCAUAAUUUCAAGUGUUUCUGUGGCCAUUUUUUAAACAGCUGUUUUAAUGUUGAUCUAAAGCAACCGAAAGGAUUAUAAAAUUAGGUUUUAACGUCAAUGCCGAGGUCUCUGGUUUCUAGUGGUACUGUUUGAAAACAGAGGCUCGCAAACACAGUCGGCCGCGUUCGUGAAACAGAAAAUCCAUGCGUUUCACAAAUGAUCUUUGAUACAUUUUUAUAAAAACUUGACCUUGGCGAUUUGAUGUUUACAUGUCCGUAUUCUGUUGAGUGAUCAAUGUUUGAUUCUCUUUAUUUACAACAUGUUCCUCGUUUUAGUUUUUGAGAAAUGCAGAUUAAAAAGGUGUAUCACAAAGAUUUUUCCAAAAUUCUUUCAGCUGCAUCUUCGUAAUGUUUAUCACCCAUGUUUUCUAUCUGUGUGAAUGGACAUAAUCGAGAAUGACUGAUGAAUAGAGCUUGCCCAUUCCUGUUCCCGGAGAUCGACCUUCCUGCAAAGUUCAGCUUCGAACCUGAUCAAAACAAGUGAAGCAGCUAAUUAAAGGGGACCUGUAAUGCCCCUUUUACAAGAUGUAAUAUAAGUCCCCAGAAUGUGUCUGUGAAGUUUCAGCUCAAAAUCCCCCACAGAUCAUUUAUUAUAGCUUGUCAAAUUUGCCCCUAUUUGGGUUUGAGCAAAAACAUGCCAUUUUUGUGUGUGUCUCUUUAAAUGCAAAUGAGCUGCUGCUCCCGGCCCCCUUUCCAGAAGAGGGCGGAGCUUUAACGGCUCACGCUUCGGUCGCUCAACAACAACAAAGCCGGAGAAUCUCACGCAGCCAAAAUGAGGAUUGUCAGUAACGGUGUUCAUCCUUACAUUGUUCAAACCGGAGUCGACACUGAUGGAGAGACUCAGGAAGAAGUUACAACUUUUAGACGUUUCUGAAUGGUUAGUGGAUAAAUUUAUGUAGUUGCUGUGGAGUUGAUUCAACUCAUCCACUAGCAUGUGCCGUCAUGUUAAUCUUUUGUGUUGAAUUGACCCUCGUUUGUGAAGCAGUCCGGCGUAAAAUGACGGCAUGACAACAACACUCUACUACAACAACUCUUCCUCUUCUCUAAAGCAGCCCAACAUGGCCCCGCCCCCUUUGUUGUGUGUUCUCGGGGGCGGGGUUUAUGUAAAUACAAGGGUUUGUGAUGUCACUAACCUGGGAAGAAGCUCAUUGUAGUCCCUACCAGCCGUUUGUUGUAGUCCUUAAAGUUCAAUUUUACAGAAUUCGCUUUUUGAGUGUUGUAACUUUGCAGAUGUUGUUUACGCUCAAACAGCAGCAUUACACACUAACUAAAGUUAAAUCAUAAUCAACCACCCAUUUAAGACCUUCAGGAGCACUUGAUAAUUACAGACAGGAGUGUUGGAUUUGAGUGGGAUCUGAACUGGAUCUCCAGGAACAGGAUUGGGCUUCCCUUUGGUUAGAUGCUCCUUCAAACCCAAAAGUUUCUGCUAGUUCUGUGACCUUAUGAGCUGCUGAUAUAUUACAGACCUCAGAUGAUGUUUUAUUUGUCAAUGUUACCCAAAUGUGUCGUUUCAUUUCCAGCGAGUUCUGCGCAGAAAAUAAUCAUUUUGGUAUAGAUCGUCCAAAUGGCAGUUUAAGCAAUAAAAAGGUUGGAUUAUUGAACAA